AUGGAGAAUGAAUAUAACGAUAUAAAUAUUCAUGAAAGUUUCGAUUUAAUGUUAUCAUUAGCAGAAAGUCUUCAAGAAUCAAAGAAAAGUUCCGAUGAAGAAAACACCGAAUUAAGAAAACGUGCCGUCUAUACUCCUUAUAGAUCUAUACAGAAAAAAUUCACAAAUUCAAAAUUAUAUAUGCCUAUAAUAAAUUGGUUUGACAAACCAACAUUAUUAAGUCCUACUGAAUGUGCUAGAUAUGGAUGGAUUAAUAUUGAUACGGAUUGUCUUGAAUGUGAAUAUUGUGGAGAGAGGUUAUUGGUUAAUACAUCAGAAGAUGUAGAUAUUGAUCGAAGUCUUCUAAAACAAUAUUUCGAGGCACUUACAACUACUCAUACAUCAUUGUGUCCAUGGCGUGAAUCACCGUGUGAAGAAACAAUUUACACAUUUCCUUUACUUUCAAGCAAUGAAAUAAUAAGAGAAUUUCAAAGCAGAUUAUUAAAUUUAAUAAAAUUGGGUGAUAAAAUACCAGUGGUUAAAGCUAACCUAAAUGAAGAAUUUAUGGAAACAAUGGAUUCGGUAGUUCCACCAGAAGAAAUUGGAGCAUUGCAAGAAAAUAAUUAUGAGCAGAAAGAUUUAUCACUUCAAGUCUUGGCUUGUAAGAAUGUUGAUGAUAUCUGGAAUUUAUUACAAUCUAAUAGUGAACAGUUUGAUUGUGAAUAUGAACAUUAUUGGUAUUGUAUAUGGGUUACGGGUGGUAAUCAGCAAUUAAGGAAAAAAGAUCCUAAAGAAUUGGAGAGAUUACGACCUGGUUGGAAUAUAACAUUGUCGCACAUUCUGGAACAUAAUCUUUGUAAAAAUCUAACCAAUAUUAAUUCAAUUGCUUGUAAGAAUUUUGUAAUUCCUAUUUUUAAUCAAAAGAGAUUUGCUCACGAUGUUGUUGUGAGACAAAAAACAGGGAGAACAAUUAUUAAAUAUGGUCAUAGUGGUCGUUCUUCAGUUAGUGGCCAUAUAGCAACUGUGUUUGGCUGUACAGGUUUCAUAGGUCGUUAUGUUGUCAGCAAACUUGUUGUUAUUCCAUAUCGAGAUGAAAAUGACAAAAGAUUUUUAAAAGUAACUGGUGAUUUAGGGCAAAUAGUUCCAUUGGAAUUCGAUCUUCUAAAUGUUCAAGGUGCAGCCAUUAUUGCAGAAGUUUGUCGUGAAGAAGGUGUUGAUAGAUUGGUUCAUGUAUCAGCUUUAAAUGCUGAUAUAAAUUCUCAAUCAGAAUUUUUUAAAACAAAAGCACUGGGUGAAAAUGCAGUUAGAGAAAUAUUUCCAGAUGUUACAAUUGUUCGCCCUAGUAUUGUUUUUGGUUAUGAAGAUAGAUUUUUGAAUAGGAUGGGAGGUAAAUUUGAAUUGACUGUUAAUAAAGGAAAAACGAGAUUUAGGCCCGUUAAUGUGCUCGAUGUAGCGCAUGCACUUGAAUUAAUGUUAAAAGAUGAAUCAACCAUAGGACAAACUUAUGAGUUAUUUGGUCCAACAGAAUACACAAUGAAUCAACUUUAUGAUAUUGCAGAUGAAAUUUUAAUAACUAGACGUACACGAAUCAAUGUACCAAAACCACUAGCAAUUGCCAUCACCAACCUACUACGAUUAUCACCAUGGCCAUUUAUAUCACCUGAUGAAAUUGUAAGAUAUUUUAUUGAUGAAAAGAUUUCAAACAGUAAAGAUGUAAAAACUUUUGAAGAUUUAGGUGUCAUACCGUACACAUUGGAAGACACUGCUAUAGCAACUCUUAGAGAUCACAGAAAAUCUGCCGUUUUUGAUCAACCUGUUACUCCAACUUUGAUUGCAGAUAAUUUCUGCGAAAAAUACUUAAUAAAUCCUGAAGAUGAUAACGGCAAUACCAUUGAUAUGCCGAAAAUACAUCAAGCAGCUCUUUUCACUUUCAGUGAUGCUUCUGCCAAUACUGAAGAUGUUAUUUCAGAGUCAGAGGAAUCGCAACAUAGUAGCUUAUAUUAUGAUAAUGUGUAUCCACUUAGAAUUGGAAUAUUUGACCUUAGACAUUAUAUAGUCAGAACAAGUAAAAAAAGACUUGAAACCAAAGUUAAAUCUGGAAAAUGGAUUCCACAAGAAACUGAAAUGCCAUUUAAUUUUAAGAUUGAGGGUGUGGAACCUAGAAAAAGAGAAGGCGGAAUGUUUGUUAAUUUUACAUUUUCGGUUGAUCCUGCACGAAAAUCCGAAGCAUUAAAUGAAAUCUAUAAGAAUGUUGAAGCUUAUAUAUCGGCUAAAAACGUUAUACCGUGGUUUAAUCUUAAACCGCUCGAAGUUUAUAUGGUUAAAGGCGAACCUUUUAUUGAAGAUUUGGCCAAUAGAUUUCCCGCAAGUCGACUUCAUGUUGAAUUUCAAGGACCAGAUGUUUCGAUCGAAACUUUGUAUCAAAUAUUUCGACCAUAUGGAUUAAUUCGUGAUAUAAUCCUACCGCAACCAUCUUCAAAAGAUGCCCCUCGAUUUGCUUUGAUACAAUUCUCCAAAAUGAGAUCUGCUACAAGUGCUAGAAAUUGUGUUCACGGUUUAAUUACAGAUGGCACGAGACUAAAUAUUGUCUAUGAUAAAACAUUGAAAUCAAAUAUGAUAUAUAGCUGGAUGAUUGCACAUCCAAGAACUUCGAUACCAUUAAUAGCAGCUGCUAUUGCUGGUAUUACUUACACAAUCUUUGAUCCGAUCCGAACCUUUUUUAUAACUUCAAAAAUCACACAACGAUUCAACCCUCAAGAAUAUCGUAUUUAUCAAUGGCUUAGACGUGAAACUAUUGACAGAUUAUUAACUUACCGUAAUAAAAAUGAAGAUAAUUCAUUAUCUUAUCUUAGUAAUUGGGUUGAAAGAGAACAAGAAGAAAUAAAAUUAAAUAUUUGGUUGAAAGAACCACCAGAAACAUUUAUUGUAUUAUUGGGUCCUACUGGUAGUGGAAAAAGUGGAUUCAUUGAUAAAGCUUUAAAAAAUAAAAGAAAUAAACUUUUUAUAAAGUGUGAUGAAAUUCAAAAUUCUCGUGAUGAAAGUGAACUUGUAUUAAAAUUGGCAAAACAAGUUGGUUAUUUCCCUGUAUUUAGUACAUUGGUAUCCAUGUCAAAUUUAAUUGAUGGAUUGGCAAGUGCAACGAUUGGUCAAAAGACCGGAUUUUCUUCAACGACUGAUUCUGAAAUCAAAAAGAUUCUCGAUGCAUUGGCAAUUGCUUUACAUGAUGUAGCACCUGAAGAGUUAAGGAAAAGUACUCGUUAUAAUCAAAAAAAGAAGCAUGAUUUUAUCACGACAUCAAUUGUUGAAUCUUAUGAUCCAGCCGAUAUUCCAAUUGUUGUGAUUGAUGAUUAUAUGAUUAAAAAUAAGGAAAAUCAUGAACUUUGGGAUCAUUUGGCUAAAUUAGCUGCAAUCCUUGUAGAAAAUAGAGUUGCUCAUGUGGUUUUCGUUGGUUCAAACGUUGGUAUUGUAAAGCAUUUAAAUAAAGCACUUCCAAACAAAACAUUUAAUUUUGUUAAUCUUUCUGAUGCACCAUAUGAACGAGCCAUUAGUUUGGUAAAGAGUCACGUACCUGAUAAAGAAGAUAAAGAACUUGAUGGGGCUGUAAAUGCACUUGGUGGCCGUUUAACUGAUUUGAAAUUAUUUAUUAAUAAAAUAAGUAGUGGUCAAAGUUCUCAAGAGGCAUUGAAUGAACUUAUAUUCAAAUCUGUUAUUGAAAUUCGUAAACUUGGCUUUGGUGAUGAUGUUGAAGAUGCCAAAACUAUUCCUUGGAGUAGUGAUGAUACCUCAAUAAGGGCUAUGGAACAAGCCGAAUUGAUUUCAGUUUCACAAUUAGAUGGACGACCUGAUUUUAUAAGAUUAGGAAAGCCACUUUAUCAAGUAGCUUUUCAACAAAUCAUAUCCGACAAAUUAUUUGCAGCAACAAUGGAACUUCAAACAUAUAAAUAUCUUUUUGAAUUUGAAACAGAUAAAAUUAAAAAAUAUGAACAAGAGCUUGAAAGUUUAGGACAAUUAUUUGUUAAACAAGAAGGAAAAUGGUUGUUUGGUAGUGGCCGCGUUCCUGCUAUUGUUGAUCAACGAGUUAAAUUUCUAUUGGAAUUGGUACAAAAAAGUCAUGUUCGUACUGUUGAUUAUGAAAAAAAUAUUGAAGAAUUGAAAAAAUUUAUUGCUUCUGGUGGAACUUCGUAA